AUGGGGUGUGGGUCCUCCAAGGCUGCUGCUGUUCGAGAGAACAACAGCCAUGGCGGUGGCAUGAUGGAGAGUAAGCCCACGCGUGCGUCUGCUGCGCGCAUGCCACAGCCAACGACGAACCUCCGUGUUGCCGCUGGCGGCGGUAGCGCGAAUGGUGGCAGGCGCUUGUCUGCUCCCGCCAGCACGAACGUGAGGCUGGCCCGAACAGCGGACUCGGCGUCGCUGCGCCAGCCCACGCCCGCGGCGCUGAAGAUCCAUUCGCGCGGGUUCCUGCACCACACAGACAGCCGCUUCAAGCACAUGAUGGCCAUCGGCAAUGGACACGCGGCUACUGAGGCCCAGAGGAGGGAGUCCAAGCCUUACCACCGUGUCGCUGUGGACACCUCCAACAGGUACGGGUCCCUGAGAGCGUCAAAGACCAGCCAGGGAUCGCGGCGGCACACCGUGGACAGCGGCGUUGGGAACCGCAGCACCGCUGUUGCUGCUGUUGCUACUGCUGCUCCUCCUCCGCCUGCACAAGUGCACGUGAGCGAAGCAGACGACGAGGAGACGGAACAAGACCGCCUUGUUCGGUUCAGGAGCCACGACACCCUCAUCGUCAAUGAGACCGACCCGGACUACGAGGAGUGCGUGCUGUUGGCCAAGGCAGAGAUGGAGCAGCGAGCGCAGUCUGCAAGCAGCACAGAUUCGACAACAAGUGGUGACAGUGGCAGCGGUGGGCGUGGUGACGGCAGCGACGCCGGUGGUGGAGGUUCCCGCAACACACAGACGGCAACAGGGACAUCAGGCAACGCGGCACCCACAGAACAGAAGGCACCAGAUGCACCCGCAGAACAAUCGGACGCGGCAGAAAAGCGCAAGGCGCAACACGGCAGCGUCAAGAGCAGCACUGACAGCACGGAGGAGGAUGAUAUCGGCCGGCCCGUGUACAUCCAACCUCCGGUAAAGGGCGCCACCGACGUUAACACAGCAGCUGCGUCAGACAGCAGAGGGCUGACACCGUCUGCUGGCGAUGCAUCCGCGAACACCAAGCAGCAAGGACAGCAAUCGAAUGUAAUUGCCGCAAACACUGCUCAUGCGCUGGCAGCAUCGCUCACGUCGAGUGUGCUCAACACAUCCAUCACAUCCGCCACCUCCUCCGGCUCGCGUGUUGUGCGGCGCGCGUCUGUGCCCGUCGACCUGGCUGCCAUUGUCACGUCGUCACUCAAACCCAGGUCCAUAUUGCGUUCGCGUGCAUCAUCGGACGCCUCCUCGUCAGCGGGCAAGCAGCCGGAAAUGGCGGCGAUGGCACACGGCGAAGGGUCUGCAGAUGUGACAGCACGUCAGCAGGAAGAACAACAGCAGCAACAACAACAACAACAACAACAACAACAACAACAACAACAACAACAACAACAACAACAACAACAACAACAACAACAACAACAACAACAACAACAACAACAACAACAACAACAACAACAACAACAUGAUGCGCAUGUAUUGCCCCACAUGCGUGCCGGUUUUGAGACGCAGGAAGAAUAUGAAGCCGCACUCACUCGUCACGUCCAGGGCAUGAAGGCCGGCGAGCGGCCGGAUUACAGCGAAGCGCUCGGUGGCAGCGCUGAAGAAUAUGAACAGGAGAAGGAUUUUGAAGCCCUCAUGACCGCAAACGCCGGCGGGCAGGACGCACACAGUAUCUUCUCACGUCUUCAUCUGUCCGAGGAGGAGAGGGCGCUUGGACGCUGGCUUCGCGUCCUAAACAGCCAAGGCUUCUAUGUGUAUGUGCACACGGCGACGCACGAAAUCUCUGGCGUGCGACCGCCCGAUUAUGAAGAUGACGACGGUGCCAGUGAUGGUGCUCAGGCAUCAUCAUCGUCAAUGGGCGCCAAGGCCGACACAGAACAGGCCGGCUCCUCCUCAUCACUGUCGCUGUUGGCCGACUGGGACGUGCACGUACAUGCGGACAUGUGUGCCGGUGUUGUUGCGGCCAUGUUCAAACACCAGCGCCAACUUCCCGUCUUUGUCAACACAGCGUCUUCGACCCACGCUGAGCUGGACUCACUUGCUGCCGAGAACAAGGUCAUCAUCUUCGACACAGCGCCCCUUGCGCUGCCAUUUGCACGAACCAAAGUCUCAGUGCCCGAUGCUGUGGAGUCUGCGCGCAAGGCCCUCGUGCAAGCACGAAAAGAAGGGCUACCGCUGCUGCUGAAGAUCACGGAUAAGUUCCCAAACUUUAAGCGCAUUUGCACCAAUCCCAAGUAUCAGAAGCAGUUUCCCUUGGCAGCGUUGUCGCCCACAGCCACAACGGCUCAAAUUCGCCCAAUGUUUGUCCGAGGGAAAGAUGGUCCACCAACAGAAACACCGGGUUUCGGUAUCGGUCUCGUUAUCACGGGGAGCUUGAAGGAAUUUGAAGGCGACAUCAAGGAGCAUUUCGCGAACUUGUCACCAACCACUGUGUGUGUCCAUCCGAAGGACGCACCAGUACCCAUUCCCGCGAAUGAGGUUGUGAGUGUUGUUGAUCGCCUCUGCCAUCAAGGACAAGUACCGGUGCUCGUCAAUGCAACGCAGGCAAUUGAUACACUCCUGGAGUAUUCAAAAUGCCUGGCUGUGGACGCGUCGGAGCUGGGCAACAGAAGCGACUACGGCGCCUUCUACGUUUCAGCGAAAGAAAAACUCACGAGCGCCGUCCAUCUAGGCGUUCCGCUUGUGUUGCAGUGCAAGCAUUCCACGUCAUCUGCGCACUUUGACGCGUUGCUUGCAAACGACACCAUGUUCCCCCAUCAAGCCCUUCAUGCCGUGGUGGAUCACCAAGCCAUCCUCAGCGUCACCAAGGAGGGCGUGGUGCAGCGAGGGUUUGGCGUGGUUGUAUCCUGUCACGUCGACGUGCCUGCGGCAAAAGGACUCCUUGGACAACACGUACCCCCACGUGCAGUGUUCAUCAGCGUUGAGCCCUGACACACCACCAUCAACUUUCAUGAUUGCCCUCUGCCCAUGUUCCACCCCCCCCCCCCUCUCUCUCU